UGAAAGAGCUAAGACGCAUAUUUUUUUUUUAUUAUUAUUUUUCUUUUUACAAACAUUUACGCAAUAAAGUGACCCUUGGGGUGUAUAGUAGAAUAAUAUAGCCUGGACACCUACGUGGACAACUAAAUAAGUAAAAUGCUGCUUACAUCAAUGCAUCAAAAGAUAAUAAUACAGUAUACUAUAUUUAGAAUAUAUAAAACAAUCUGAAUGGGGUCGUUCUGCAUAACGAGUACUUUUACUUUUGAUAGUUUUAAGUACAUUUUGAUAGUGAUACUUUUGUACUUUUACUAAGGAAAGUUUUGAAUGCAGGACUUUUACUUGUAGUGGGGUUUUUCAGACAGUGGUGUUAGUAUUUUUUAUUUAAGUAAGGUAUUUGAAUACUUUCUCCACCACUACUGCAACCAAAUAAACGUCUUAUCUGUGACUAGUUGUAGAGUUGUAGCUGGUGGGAUAGGUAAUAAAAAGGCUAAAAAUCUGUCCUGCAGUGGCUCAGUGAAGCAAAACGUUAUGAAACUGCGAUGAAUAUCAAAACAAAGACACGAAAGGUGUAAUUUUAUGAUGAAAGAGUUCUCUUUUUAAUUUCGCUGCUGCAUGGAAGCAGUGUCCAGGCAACGAGGUUAACCUGUAGGAGUGUCCCGCUAAUAGUCUCUUUUUUGUUGUUUUAUGUUUUCUGAGAUGUUCUAGAUGAUUUAAAUGUGGCACGUUGUGUUACAGUACACCGCAUUGAGGCAGUCGGAAGCUUUUUGGGCACUUUGUGGUGAUGACUGCGGCUUCCGUGUUUGAGUGUUUACGGCUGGGUGGACAGACUGUCAGAUGGAGCAGGGUGCCACAAUCAACCCGUGUCCAUAUUUAAUUGCUCUUUUAUUUUGAACCACUUCUCACCCUGAUGCUGGAUUUCAUCUGUUGUUUUUAAUUAAGUAUCCUUAAUUAUCUACUGAUUUUAAUUAGCAGUGAGUAGCCUGUUUUAUUCAGACAUGGAGGACCCUGACAUACGACAACAGAAGCUGGACAACCAGCGAACCCUUUUGAUGAAGAAGCAGCAAAAGAAGAGGGCUGAUUCUCAAAUGGUGGUAGCCAAUCGGGAUGCUCGCCAAAAGAAUCGAAAGCACAAAACUGCCCGCUCUGAUGAAACACCUCUGUUGAUCAGCCAAUCCCCGAGCAGCACUUCCCUGACCGAUCAAGUUGAACAUGCCCAUGAUAACCCAUUGGAUGAGAUCACAUUGGGUGAAUGCGAAAUUACAGCAAGCAUGACUUUAAAUGAGAUGCCUUCAGAGAAUCCUGGUACUCCCAAGAAAAUGAACCUGGAGAUUGACAAAGAGCCUGAAGUGAAGUGUGAAGUGGAGAUCGAUGUUCAGACGGAGGGGAAAAAGACAAAGAAGAAAGAAGGGAAAAAAGAAAAAGCCAAACAGACAGAACAAAACAAUGAUGAGAAAGAGAUGGAGAAAAAGGAGAAAAAAACAAAGAAGAAAGACAAAGUGAAAGAAUCUGAAGACCCAGAGAAGACAAACAAGACAACCAAACAAGAGCGUAAAAAGAAACACUUGCAGGAGGCUUCAACCCAGGAGGCAGAGUCAGUGGUAGAGGUCAAAAGUCCAAAAAAGACUAAACGUGAGGAAAGUGAUGAAGAAGUGGAAGACGUGUCCAAGAAGCCUGUCCCUCAAACGCCUAAGAGGAAAAAACAACUUGACACAUCCAGGUGCCAAAUAAGUGAAGAGAGCAAAGACGAGGAUAUCCAGGAAAAGGAGAAAAAGGAAAAAAAGACAAAGAAAGCAGAGAAAACUACGCAGAGUCUGGCUUCCCUUAACUCCAACUACAGGAAGAGCUCGUCCUCGGGCAGUGAAUCUAAUGAAAGAGCAACAUCUCCGAUGUCAGUGGAGGACCUGGAGAAGUUUGCGCUGCGUCCAGCUCGCAGAGAUGUGACGGUCCAGUGUAGAGUCACCAGGGACAGGAGAGGCAUGGAGAAGGGCAUUUACCCGACUUACUACCUCCACAUGGAGAAGGAGGACGGCAAGAGGGUGUUUCUAAUGGCUGGCAGAAAAAGGAAGAAGUGCAAAACAUCCAACUAUCUCAUCUCCACUGACCCCACAAAUCUGUCCAGAGAUACAAACUGCUACAUUGGAAAACUUAGGUCCAAUGUUCUGGGUACAAAGUUCACAGUCUAUGAUGGAGGUGAGAACCCUGACAAAAAGCCCUACGUCAAAGAGUGUGAAUCAGUGCGGCAAGAGCUGGCAGCAAUUUGCUAUGAGACGAAUGUGCUGGGGUUUAAGGGUCCGAGGAAAAUGACAGUGAUCAUCCCUGGCAUGUUGGAGAGCGAUGACAGAGUGUCCAUCCGUCCCAAAAGUGAAGCUGAGACUCUACUUGUCCGCCAUGCGAAUAACAGCACGGACAAACUGGUCACACUGGUGAACAAGUCCCCGAGCUGGAACGAACAGACUCAGUCUUAUGUGCUUAACUUCCACGGCCGUGUCACCCAGGCGUCCGUCAAGAACUUCCAGAUCAUCCACCCUGACAACGAGGAUUACAUAGUGAUGCAGUUUGGCCGUGUCGCGGAGGACGUCUUCUCCAUGGAUUACAGUUUCCCUAUGUGUGCCCUGCAAGCCUUUGCCAUCACCCUGUCGUCCUUUGAUGGUAAACUGGCCUGUGAGUGACCCAUGCAGAUGUGCCUAAAGUGUUUGGAAAUGUACAUUUUUAUUUUUCAUAUUUUGUAUCCUAGUGCAUGGUAGCACUUUGUAUAAACUAAUGGAAAACAUGCCACAGACUUAGCCUUCAGAGUAGAAGUGUUGUAUAGAUCCAGUAUUAUUUUACAGCCGAUUUUAUUUGUGGAAAGUGGAAUAAGUUAAUUUAAUGGUCCUUCUUUUUAUAUUUGCCAGCUAAUUAAAUGACUCAUGCAGUUACAAUAUUGAGGACAGCUGUGUAAAUACCACCAGUGAAAUAUUAAAUGAUAAUAGCUUAA